CCCCCGUUUCAGGACCUCCACCGUCCUGCUACCUCUUCUUAGGGUUUCUUUCGCCGUGUCGGAGAUCUCUCCUUCUCUGUCGAUAGAGGUUAACUGAAAGUAGAACAAGUAGUCACUGUAAUUAAGUUUGGUUACACGCAAGUUCAAAGAUGUCUGUCACAGCAGGAGUGAGUGAAGCUGCACUAGCCACAAGAGCUAAACUCCGAGGUGGGAUUGGACAGACUAAAGUGAAAAGAUACUGGCCUGGUAAAGCUCCCGAGUGGGCCGAUGAAGCCGACGAAGAUGAGGAUGUUAGGAUGCACAAGGCUGAUGUUUUGGAUAGAAAGCAUGAAGAUUUAGGAGUUGCUAGGAAAGACGACCCCAGGCUGCGUCGUUUAGCUCAGACCAGAGCUGAAAACCGUGAGGAAGUUAGAGCCGAUCAUCGCCGUGUCAGACAAGCUGAGAUUAUAUCUACAGAAGAAGAAGAGUUGAGGAAUCAAGACGAGGAAGAAGAUGAAGAUGCGUUGGAAGAAAGAAGGAGAAGGAUCAGAGAGAAGAAUCUCAAAAGAGCUCAGGAAGAGGCUGAUUUACUUCCUGUGGAGGAAGAAGACGAGGUUGAAGAUGAAGACGAGGAGGAAGAGGAGUCUGAGUACGAGACUGAUUCUGAAGAUGACAUGCCUGGUAUCACCAUGAUCAAGCCUGUUUUUGUACCGAAAGCUGAGAGAGAUACGGUUGCAGAGCGUGAAAGGCUUGAAGCUGAGGAGCAAGCUCUCGAGGAGUUAGCAAAGAGGAAGCUCGAGAUGAGGAAGAUAGAGACGAAGCAGAUUGUGGUUGAGGAAGUUAGGAAAGACGAGGAGAUACGUAAGAACAUGUUAUUGCAAGAAGCGAAUAUUGGAGAUGUGGAGACUGAUGAUGAGAUCAACGAAGCUGAGGAGUAUGAAGUGUGGAAGACGAGAGAGAUCGCUAGGAUCAAGAGAGAGCGUGAUGCAAAGGAAGCUAUGUUGAGAGAGAGGGAAGAGAUAGAGAAGCUGAGGAACAUGACGGAGCAGGAGAGGAGAGAGUGGGAGAGGAAGAAUCCGAAACCUUCAUCAACUCAACCGAAAAAGAAAUGGAACUUCAUGCAGAAGUAUUAUCACAAGGGAGCUUUCUUCCAAGCAGAUCCUGAUGAUGAGGCAGGAUCCGUGGGAACUGAUGGUAUAUUUCAGAGAGACUUCUCUGCUCCAACGGGAGAAGAUAGGUUGGAUAAAUCGAUUCUGCCCAAGGUUAUGCAAGUCAAGCACUUUGGUCGUAGUGGAAGAACUAAAUGGACUCACCUUGUUAAUGAGGAUACAACAGAUUGGAGUAACCCGUGGACUUCUAAUGAUCCUCUACGCGAGAAAUACAACAAGAAAAUGGCGGGCAUGAAUGCUCCUAUUGAAAAACCAAAGGGGAGCAAGAAGAUGAAAGAUUGGGAGAAAUAAACAGCAUCAAGAUCUGAUUCGAGUUUAAGCCAAAAAAACUUAAACAAAGUGGUAUGUUCUAGUAAAAAGGAACAUCUUAUACUCUGAUAUCUCUGAGAACUCUAUCUUAACCGCAGAUAUUUAAUAAUGUUUGCUUUGUUACUGCCGUAAGCUUGUGGACAAGAGACAUAUGGUCUUAGCAGCGUCUGUUGUAUCGUUUCAAUCAAGAUACAUUUAUGUUUUUGCUUGUAUCAUUUAUAUUUACAUUUUUUUUAUACUAAGUUAGGUUUGAUAAACACAAGCACACUUGAACAGAAAUCAAAACAGC